GUCACUCCCACUUUCACUGCAAAAGGUAAAUAAAGAAGUGGAGCAAGGAAGGCCAAUCGCUUCGGAAUUGGCCGAUUUUGUGCGCCCUGAGUCGGCCUGGAGCAUUACGAGCGGAUUGUUCUUUGGUCAUUCGCAAUACAUAAUUGAUCAAUUAUGUGGAGGUCAACGUGCCUGCCGAAAUCGUAGACAGACAGACGCGAAUUAUUUUCGUCAUGAACAACGAACGAGGCACCUCGCUGAGGCAGUUCAGGGAGCGGAUCGCCGCCCCCAGGAGUCCCAGGACUGCCGCCCCCGAGCAGGACGACGAGGGGUCGAAAAUCAUCAAGGACAAGCUCAAGUCGAUGUGGAACAAUAUGAAAUAUGGAUGGACCUUGAAGACCAAGACCAACUUCAGCAAAGACUCACCGGUGUGGCUGCUUGGCCGGUGUUACCACUUUGGCCAGCACCACAUGGUUGGUGCCGACAGGGUGGACGAGUUCAAGAGCGACUUUCUCUCCAAAGUGUGGCUCACCUACCGCAGGGAGUUCGUCAACCUGCACGGUUCGCGGCUGACCUCGGACUGUGGCUGGGGCUGCAUGCUCAGGUCGGGCCAGAUGAUGCUGGCCCAAGCUCUUACGAACCACUUUCUUGGCAGAGGGUGGAGGUGGUCGGACAAUAAUGAUCUCAACAACAGAAGUCUCCACGACAUCAGGGCGGAGAACAUGCACAGAAAUAUAAUCAAAUGGUUCGGAGACAGUCCCUCACCACAUAGCCCCUUUUCUCUCCACAAACUCGUCGCCCUCGGAACAGCUACUGGAAAGAAAAUCGGUGACUGGUACGGCCCAGCAUCAGUUGCUUACCUUCUCAGACAAGCAGUUGAAGACGCAGCCAGGUUUAUUGGAGAAUUCAGAAAGCUUCGAGUUUAUGUUGCCCAAGAUUGCGCAGUUUACACCCAGGAUAUUUUGGAUGAGUGUGACGGUGAGGACGGCUGGAAAUCUGUCAUCAUUUUAGUACCUGUCAGACUUGGUGUUGAGAAACUGAACACCAUCUACGGCCCUUGCCUGAUGAACCUGAUGACCUUGGACAGCUGCUUAGGCAUAAUUGGAGGACGGCCCAACCAUUCCCUCUAUUUUAUUGGCUUCCAAGAUGACAAGUUGAUUCAUCUCGACCCGCACUACUGCCAAGAGGUGGUUAAUGUUUACCAGCCUGGAUUUCCACUCGAAUCCUUCCACUGCCGCUCUCCCAGAAAGUUAAGCCUCCUCCGAAUGGACCCCUCGUGCUGCUUGGGAUUUUACUGCAACACCAGGACUGACUUUGACCAGUUCGUUAAACAAGCCAAACCUAAUUUGGUUCCACCGCAGCAGAAAUCCGACUACCCAAUUUUUGUGUUCUGCGAAGGCCGUAGCAAAGAUGCCAUUUCUCUGCCCCGAUAUUCCAUUCCUGAUGACAGCCUCACUAGAUCUGGCGAUGAAGAUGAUUUUGGUACCGAAGACUUUGAGCUCCUUUAACUACAUUUCUAUUUCAUUAUUAAUUUUAUAUUAUUAUUUAUUCUAAAUAAUGCAUCUCACUAUGUGAUGGAGUAAUAGUGUUUAACUUAUUUUUCCAAUUAGUCUGCAAAUUUUAUCGAUCUUGUACUUAAUAAACUUUAGAAAAUAGCUGUGUUGACCUGCAACUUUGUGAUCGUGGAAAAAUAAUGUCCUUGAUAAUAACUUAUGGUAGAUUGUUGAAUAAAAGAAUCUUAGUGAAAU